GAUUUAAAGAGGGAACUUUGUGAGCUAAACCUGAGUUGAUUUUGGUCUGUUUAGUUAGGAUGCUAGCCUUAUAGAACUAAAGGCUGUUGGCAGUAGCAGGAGAUAAGGAGUAGCAGAAUGAGACCAGAAUGUGAAGAAACAAAUGAGGCCAACUGAGGCUAGGGAAUCUUACUUUUUUUUUUUGGUAGACAGGGUCUUGCUCUGUUGCCCCAGCUGGUGUGCUGUAGUGCCCUUAGGCUCACUCUAGUCAAGACCUCCCGGGUGGAAGUGAUCCUCUUGCCUCAGCCUCCAGAGUAGCUGGGACUACAGGUGCCCACCAUGCUGGGCUCGUUUUUCUAUUUCUUGUGGGGUUUUAUCAUGUCACCCAGGCUGAUCCUGAACUCCUGGGCUCAACUGAUCCACCCACCGUGGCCUCCCAAAGUGCUGUAUUUGGUUUCUUCAAGCAUUUGGUCAAGAUUAAAAAUUUAAAAUGUCAUCCAAACAAGAAAUAAUGAAUGACCAGCGGUUUAGACGGGUCGCAAAGGACCCGAGAUUUUGGGAAUUGCCAGAAAAGGAUCGAAAAGUCAAAAUUGACAAGAGAUUUCGAGCCAUGUUUCAUGACAAGAAGUUCAAGUUGAACUAUGCCGUGGAUAAAAGAGGACGCCCCAUUAACCAUAGCACUACAGAGGAUUUGAAACGUUUUUAUGACCUUUCGGAUUCUGAUUCCGAUCUCUCUGAUGAAGACAGCAAAGCAUCAAAUCAAAAGAAAAUAAAGAAGAAAAAAACCCAGACUAAAAAAGAAAUAGAUUCAAAAAAUCUAGUUGAGGAGAAAAAGAAAGAAACCAAGAAAGCUAAUCAAAAGGGUUCCAAAAAUAAAACUGAUUUAGAUAAUUCUGAAGGAAUUAAAAAAAUGAAAACCUCAUGUAAAUUUAAGAUAGAUUCAAACAUAAGUCCGAAGAAGGAUAGCAAAGAAUUUAUACAAAAAAGUGCGAAAGAGAAAAAAAACAUUGUUCAACGUACUACAGACUCUUCUCUCAAAGAAAAACGAAGGACAUUAGACUCGGGCACCUCUGAAAUUGUGAAAUCUUCCAGGACCAAGCGUUCUAAGACAAGAGGAGAAAUGCAAUCAGUGGUUCCACCUAUAAUGACAAGAGACAGUGAUGGUUAUGAAAACUUGACAGAUGUUGAAAUGUUUGACAAAGAUGCUCUGGAGGAAGAUUCAGAAAGUGUUAGUGGAAGUGAUGAAGAAUCUGAAAGUGAAAUUACAGGUGUUGGUAGAGCUUCAGGUGAUGAUGAUGAUGGAAGUGAAGAUGAAGAGGAUGAAGAUGAAGAGGAGGAUGAAGAUGAGGAUAGUGAGGAUGAUGAUGAAAGUGACAGUGGCCCUGAUCUAGCAAGGGGUAAAGGAAAUAUAGAAACUAGUUCUGAAGAUGAAGAUGAUGUGGCAGAUUUGUUUCCAGAAGAAUCUGGUUUUGAGCAUGCUUGGAGAGAAUUAGAUAAAGAUGCUCCUCGUGCUGAUGAGAUUACACGUCGGUUAGCAGUUUGUAACAUGGACUGGGAUAGAUUAAAGGCAAAAGAUUUGCUGGCUCUGUUCAAUUCAUUUAAACCUAAAGGAGGUGUUAUAUUUUCCAUCAAGAUAUAUCCUUCAGAGUUUGGAAAGGAGAGGAUGAAGGAAGAGCAAGUUCAAGGACCAGUAGAGCUAUUAAGUAUUCCUGAAGAUGCCCCAGAAAAGGACUGGACCUCUAGAGAAAAAUUGAGAGAUUAUCAAUUCAAACGACUGAAGUACUAUUAUGCAGUCGUAGACUGUGAUUCUCCGGAAACAGCUAGUAAAAUUUAUGAGGAUUGUGAUGGCCUGGAAUUUGAAAGUAGUUGUUCUUUCAUAGAUCUAAGGUUUAUACCAGAUGAUAUUACUUUUGAUGAUGAGCCUAAGGAUGUAGCCUCAGAAGUGGAUUUAACAGCAUAUAAACCAAAAUAUUUCACAUCUGCUGCAAUGGGAACAUCAACGGUGGAAAUCACUUGGGAUGAGACUGAUCAUGAAAGAAUUACAGUGCUCAAUAGGAAGUUUAAAAAGGAAGAGCUUUUGGACAUGGAUUUUCAAGCCUACUUAGCUUCCUCUAGUGAAGACGAAGAGGAGAAACAAGAGGAGCUAGAAGGUGAUGAUGGAGUCAAUGUAGAAGAAGAUGGGAAAACAAAGAAAAGUCAGAAGGAUGAUGAAGAACAAAUUGCUAAAUACAGGCAGCUCUUGCAGGUUAUUCAAGAGAAAGAAAAGAAAGGCAAAGAAAAUGACAUGGAAAUGGAAAUUAAAUGGGUUCCAGGUCUUAAAGAAAGUGCAGAAGAGAUGGUCAAGAACAAAUUGGAAGGAAAAGAUAAACUGACCCCUUGGGAACAAUUUUUAGAGAAAAAGAAAGAGAAAAAAAGGCUGAAAAGGAAACAGAAGGCUCUUGCUGAAGAGGCCAGUGAGGAGGAACUUCCCUCUGAUGUUGAUUUGAAUGACCCAUACUUUGCUGAAGAAGUUAAAAAAAUAGGUAUAAAGAAAAAAUCGGUAAAAUCUGCAAAAGAUGGCACAUCUCCAGAAGAAGAAACUGAAGUAGAAAGACAAAAGGCUGAAAUGGCUUUGCUUAUGAUGGAUGAGGAUGAGGACAGUAAGAAACACUUCAAUUACAACAAGAUUGUGGAGCACCAGAAUCUGAGCAAAAAGAAGAAGAAGCAGCUCAUGAAAAAGAAGGAAUUAAUAGAGGAUGACUUUGAGGUAAAUGUUAGCGAUGCACGGUUUCAGGCAAUGUACACUUCCCACUUGUUCAAUUUGGACCCCUCAGAUCCCAAUUUCAAGAAAACGAAAGCUAUGGAAAAAAUCCUUGAGGAGAAAGCCCGGCAAAGAGAACAGAAAGAACAAGAACUUACACAGGCAAUAAAGAAAAAAGAGAGUGAGAUUGAAAAAGAAUCACAAAGGAAGUCCAUUGAUCCUGCUUUGUCAAUGUUGAUUAAAUCUAUAAAAACCAAAACAGAACAGUUUCAAGCAAGAAAAAAGCAAAAAGUCAAAUAACUGGAUGUUACUUAUUUUUGAAUUGAAUACAUCUUUUCCUAAAAUGUACAGAAAUAGUAGGAGGAAUAUUUAUUGGGAACAAAGCUAUCUUUCAAGAAUAUGAAUAAAAUCUUUUUCUGAACAUGAUAAAAUUUUUCUCCAUAAAUAAUUAUACUUAAUUGUGGAUGACUGACAAAUUUGUAUUGUAUAUUCCUACAGAUUAGUCAUAAUUAAAUUACCUGAAUUAUAGGGUUUAUAAAAUUUUUAUAUUUUAUGAUGUUCAAUUCUAACUAGUGGAAAGUUACUCUAGCUUUUUAAAAGGCUGUUUACAAUUCUCUGUAAAAAUAGAGCAAUAUCUACUCUUAAGUUUAUGUAAACAUUAGGGAUAAUUUGAAAAAACAUAUUUAAUACAUUAAUUUCUCUGGAAGCAGGAGGCAUGUUUAAAUAACUAUUAAAAUAAUUUAUUUUUCUAGCCAUAAAGGAUGGAAGUCAAGAACUUUUUGUUUAGUCAUGUUAAGUAUAGUCUGUUUAUGAAAUUAACUUGUAAAUAAAAGUGUAAAAUAUUUUCAUUA